UCCCGUUGCGGUGGUGGGGUGAGGGACGGAGAGAGAGUCGCCAGGUUUUUCGUGUCCUCUCGCUCGCCACUCGGUUUUCUCUUUCUCUAGUUGUAGUUGCCGAAAUAUCCGCAGCACAGCGCUGGUGUCGCUCUUUUUUUCCCCACCACCAGCGCCGCCAUCAAGCAAGCGGAGGCAGUGUUGCCUUCUCUUUUCUUUGGCCAGCAGUCUGAAGCACACAGUGGUCGUGUCCAUUGCAUGUAGUUGGUGGCGAUUUUUGUUAGUUGGCGCGGUUCAUUGUGUGUGUGUGAGUGAGUGAAUUGGAUUGUGUGUGCUUCAUCUGACCACGUUGUCAGCAAUAAUUGUGAAGAAUGUUGGUGCGUUUUGGUUUGGAGGAUUGCAGCAGCAGCACCACCACGAGGGAGCCGAACUACCAUUGGUGACGCGCGUCCUCUCUUCCCUCCCCCCUGCACCCCCGCAACCUCUAUACACGCGUGUUCAGGUUGUGAAAUAGUUGCUACAGGGUUUCUAGGUUCUAGAUUUGCGUCUUCGAUCCCAAAAUACGCUAGAAUUACAGUGUUUUCUAUGGUUUGAAGUGAUUUUUAACUUGUAAACAUCGUCACCUGGAUUUUAAACCCUAAAGUAUUUUGAUUUCAAAGUAAUCUGUUUAGUUUUGAGUUGUAGUUACCGUGGAGUUGUGUUGAGGUUAUUUUAAUGGUUAGGCCUACUGUUGAUUUAUUGGGAUCUGUUUAGGUUAGUUGUUAGUUGAGUGGUGCUAGUUAGUGGUCUAUGAUUAGGCUCGAUUCAGACACGUUGUCGCGGGGAGCUCUCUUGUUCCCUUCCAAACAUUACUCCUCGAACAUCACGGCAAUGUGCUGCUAGUGAAUAUAAAUCCAUACAGUUCGGUUGAAAGUGUUGGUAGAUAAGUGUAAGGUAGAAACAUUUUGCAAAUGGCGGAUCAACAGCAACGUAACAGCUGGGAGGAAUGGUGGUCGCAGGACCAGCAACAGUCGCUGCUGCAUCACCAGCAGACGCUAGCGGCACAACACGCUGCAGCUGCGGCUGCAGCCGCCCACCAACACCCGGCUUCGACGGCUGCGUCGGCCGCAGCCGCGCAUCAGCUGUUCAGCUACAAAAUGGCGGCCAGUAAUUUCCAGAAUCUGGCAGCGGCGGCGGCGGCGACCACACCGGUGUCUUCGCCUGGAGGCGGCUACGACUACAGAAUGCCUCCAGCCGCCUCCAACCACGCAGCUGCGGCUGCUGCGGCCGCAGCUGGCCAGUGGUGGUACCCGCCGCAGGGGGGUGGCAUGGACGGUGGUGGGGGAGGCGGUGGGGGCGGAGUGGGAGGUGGCAUGCAGAAUGCUCAGCCCAAUAUGAUGAACAGAAGUAGAAUGCCGCGUGUCGCCAAGGCUGACGCGAAACCCCGUGGUCGCAUGACCGCCUAUGCCUUUUUCGUGCAGAUCUGUCGCGAGGAGCACAAGAAGAAGCACCCCGAAGAGAAUGUAGUCUUCGCCGAGUUCUCAAAGAAAUGCGCCGAACGUUGGAAGACAAUGUCAGACAAGGAGAAGAAGCGAUUCCACGAGAUGGCAGACAAAGACAAGAAGCGUUACGACACGGAGAUGCAGAGUUAUGUGCCGCCCAAGGGAGAGAAGGUGCGCGGAAAGAAGAGGAAGCACGUCAAGGACCCCAACGCACCCAAGCGAUCGCUGUCGGCGUUCUUCUGGUUCUGCAACGACGAGCGUGGAAAGGUGAAGGCGGCCAACCCUCUAUACGGAGUGGGAGACAUCGCCAAGGAGCUGGGCAGAAGGUGGGCGAUGGCCGACACCACACUCAAGUCCAAGUACGACGCCAUGGCUGAGAAGGACAAGGCGCGCUACGAGAGGGAAAUGACCGAAUACAAGAACAAGGGCAAACUGCCAAUGAUGGCGGCGCAAAACAUGACCAUCAUGCAGAAGAAGCCAGACGAGGAGAUGGACGAAGACGAAGAUGAUGAAGAAGAGGAGGAUGAUGGAGACGAAUAGGACUCGGCUCCUCCUCCUCCUCUUCCCCUCCCACCACCUCCCCCUGCCCCUCCUACCCAGCCCUCCUCAGGUCGCAGCAGUCGCCUCCACAUUGUAAAUACGAAUCCAUUAAAUUUUAAAUCAGUCAUCGGUGACGAUGAGGAAGAUGAAGACUAUGAGGAUGAUGACGAAGAAGAGGAUGAUGAAUGAUAACAAAAUGUGUAAUAAUAGUAUAAAGUUGCAACAACCUGAGUACAGAGAGUACUUAAGAUAAAAUCUUCUUCUUACCAAGCGCUCUUUGUUGUCGGUGUAAUGUUGUAUUUCAUUCAGAGUCCACACGAGAGAAAAUCCCAUCAUAAAUUAGCGGGAAAAAUUAGAUCGCCGUGGUGUUAGUGUGUGUGUAAGUGUGAAUGUGUGUGUGUAAAACCGCUAGACAAAAACAAUGUUGUGAAACGAGUAUUUGCGUGCGUGCGACAAACUAAUUUCUAUUUCAAAAAUGAAGAAAAUAUGAUAUUAUAUUAAGAAAACUUGUGUUAACAGCAGAAUAGGCUUGGAUAGACUAUGUACUGUACUUUCUUAGACUGUAUGAUGUAUUCUUGUGCAACGGUUAUCUAUUCUAGCAACCCUGGCAGUCAGUUUCAAAUGUUUUGCACAUAUUUAUUGGUUACAUGCGCGCGCAUUCAUUCCUGUAUUUCAAUUGAAACACACGCGCCAGCUAAUUUACAAAAAGAUCUUUUUUGUCUCUCUACUUGAUGCAAUAAUACUGUGGUUGUCCCGUUUAUGAAACAGAAUGAUGGAUGUUUGAAAAAUUAAUCUUUUGUCAGAUAGACUUGAUGAGAAAUUUAUAAAGUUGCAAUUCAUGUGUAAAACCAUCAAAUGCGUUUUAUAAUAGAUGACUUGUACGAAAAAUUUGGGUUUUGUAAUAAUAUUGUGUAUUAUUGAAACCAUCAAGAUUUGUUUUUAUAAUAGCGACCACUCACAAACCAUGAUGAAUAUUGAUUUUGUCUUGGCUCAAUAGUUAUUGGAUGUUAUCUGGGGUUUUUUCUCGCAAAAAGAACUCUGGCUGUAUUAUGAAAUGAAAAAAAUUACGUGUAAACUAGAUUCUAAUAUUGAUGAAUAAUUACAAUAUUAAGAUAGUGUUUGUUCAAUAAACUUUUUUCUAUUAUUACUACGAGUUCUUUUCCGAAACUCAGUUUCGUUGUUUCGUUUCUUAUCGAUACUGAUGAUAUAAAUAUUGUUCUAUAAUGAUAAUUAUGAUGAUGGCUAUCAGUUAUUUACAUACUAUUAUUGUUUGCAAUGUGAGAAAUACGACAGUUAUUUCAAUGUUUAAGAUUAAUAAAGGUUUUUGUCACAUUAUAUACCGAAUAUUCAUAAUUUUGUCUCAUAUUACACAUACUACUCAUAUACCUCUGUCAUUUUCUUGUAUAGAUUACUACAGGUGUUAUGAAGUUAAAAGACAAUUCAAAUUAUAUUAGUUAUCUGGAACAAAGACUGUACUGAAACAUUGGUUCACUCAAUUGUAAUCUCAUGUUGCACUGUGUAAGAUUUCUAGAGUUGUGUGUAACUAACAUUACACUUGAGUGAAGAACAUUAAAAAAAUACUUCUCAAUUUUUUUAUCAAUUGCUUCUACUUCUCUGUACAGUCGACUACUUUUGUCUCUCGAUGAAUAAUAAAUAAUAAAAGAUUAAAUUUUCACUUGUAAAUGUUGUAAAUAAAUAAUAAUAAUACCUUGAUAAUGUAUGACAACAAGUAAGGUAAAGUAGGGAAGCUUUCCAACUUUGUGGUUGGGGUAGCAUCCUCAUUUUACCCUACUCUAAAUGUCAGACUCAAAUCUUGUAUAGUCAGUAUCAUCUUAGUCCAGUAAUGUACAGUAUCUUAGACGUCUCUUUUCAAGUAAUCAUAUUUCCAGUCAGAAAAAUAUUUCAACUCUCGAUCUCAUCAGUCUAUUUGUUCCAGAAAACUUAUUUAUUUGUUGUAAUUGCCAUUAAUUUUGUGCGCAUUUAUGUUAACUUGGAUAUUCUACUGUGGCUAGUGUGUUCAAUUGAUGGCCAGUAUGUAUUAUCAGACGUUGUUUUUCGCAUUGCAAAGUUACAAUUUUUCAUAUUAAAUUUGAAAAAAUGUGUUGAAUUAAAUUCAAAUCUGAACACAGAUUUAAAGCUAAUUGAAUAGAAAAUGAAAGUUUUUGUAGUGGGGAAAAACAAAUUUUGAAUUGAAAAUCUCGCUUAGUUAAUUCUGGGACAGCCUAUUGUUUUUGUUUCGUUUUGAUAUUGGUAAAUUUUGAAGUAAAUAUUUUAUGCGAUGGGACUAAAACUAGCGUUGACAUUUGUAAUUUGAAAAUUCAUUUUUGUAUUUGAUUUGUAUUUUUGUCUACUCGCAUUGUAAUUUUUCAUGAACGCAUAAAUUUAUCUAAUUCAUUCAGAAGGUGUUACAUGAACAUUUCACAUGUUACAUGCUGUAUUCAUUCAUUAGUUGAGGCUGUCUGAAUCCAAGACUGUUUCUUAUUGUCAUUAUUUUUUUAUAGAAAUAAUUAAUUUAAAAAUAAAUUUUCAUGAUUACUCAGUGA